AUGGACUCCAGGGUCUUGGUUGAUGUGAAUGUUGAUUCUUAUUUUCCUAAGGAGGUUGAAGUUGUGGCUGCUGAUGGGGAGAGGGUUUGGGUUCCUAGAAGGUCUGAACCUGUUCAGCAGGAAUUGCCUAAACAAAUUGGUUCUGUGACUAAUAAGGUCACCGAGGUUAAGAUUGUGACUACUCCUGGUGUUGGUGUGGAUAGGAAGCUGCUGUGGAUCAAUCUAGCUUCUAUGAAGGUUAGAGUAGCUAACAAUCCUUGGAUGAUCUGUGGAGAUUUUAAUGUUGUUAAGUCUUUAGCAGAAAAGUGGGGGUCUGAUAAGUUGAAUUUAUAUGAUGUUGAGUUUGGGCAGUGUUUAAAUGAUUUGGAGGUUUUGGACCUCAAUUCAAGUGGCUGCUUUUACACUUGGACUAAUAAGAGUGAGGAGCCUCGGUUUGUGGCCGGGAAGCUGGAUAAAGUUUUGGUAAAUGAGUUCUGGAUGAGCUACUUUGUAAAGACUAUUGUGGAAUUCCUUUCAGGAGGCAUUUCUGAUCACUCUCCUGCUAUUAUUUCAGUAGGCAGUUUGCAGAGUUUUGGUCCUAAGCCUUUCAAGUUUUUUAAUUAUUGGUUGGACCAUAAGGAUUUUAUGAGUUGGGUUAAGGAGAAGAGAGUUAUGGAGGCUCAAGAUAAUCUUGAUCCAGCUUAUAAGGAAGUUAUUGCUUCUUUUGGGAGGGCUUACUGUUUGCUCAAGGAGAGGGAGUGUCUAUCACAAAAGCUGAGGAAUCUUUCUUAA